AUGUAUCUAGUGAGAACAGUUGAUGGUGUGAAAUUAGAGGAGGCAAACCCUGGUGGUUGCAUCAAGGUUCCAGUUUAUAAACUUUCAAUGCAAGGAUCCAAGUAUCACAUAGUUUACAUCGCUGUUCCCAAUGAUGACAGUAUACUGAAAGACAACCACAUGCAAGUUGAUUUUUCUACGGUGGACACCAGCAACAACAACAGUUAUUUGUCAGGUCUUUGCGAAGGCGUCGAGUUGACUGCAGAACACAUCAGUCUUUUGAAGAAGUUGGACCAGUCACCUACUAGUUUCAAUGGAGAAGAAUUCUACACCAAAGUGUAUGAUAAUGUUAUUUCCAAACCCACGUCUAGGUGCUACUAUGUACCCAAGGGUCACAACUCCAUGACUUUGUCACCGUUCUUUAAUGUCCAUACUUCCAAUGUCAAGAAGGUUUACACUAGAUACUUUGGUUACUUAUAUGCCAUCUUGGUGAACUAUGACAAGUUUGACUUCAUGAAUACUGCUGCUGAAGGGAAGGCACGGGAAUUGCUUGAGCUGGUCAAGUAUGCUGACACAUUUGACGAUUUGUUUGAUUAUUUCAUGAUGGAGAAUGACAAUAUAUUAAACUUAGCCCUACUCCCGUUUCUAUUGGACCUUAAAACCCACAGGUUGAAAGCUACCGAUUUCAGUUUGAAGAAACUCAAUGGGUUAAAGAGUUUUUGUAAGCGAGUGCUCUUUCUUAAGAAUGACCAAGGAACCAUACACAAGUUUGUUGCUCAGUCCAAUUUCAGUCAGAGUGAUUUCAUCGGGUGGGCCAAGUUGGUUCAUAUUUAUCAGGCAUUGAAGGAAGAACGGGGCGAAUAUGUCAAAUUCAAAGUGACUCCUGGUCCUGGAGAACUGGUUUACGUCAACGGCACCAAUGUUUCUCCUCUGUACUUUAAUAAGUUGUACGACUCGGCAUACGACCAUUUCAGAAAGCAGUACGAUUCCAUGAGUCAACUUAUUGAAGACUACCAUACGAUUGAAGAAGUUUGGGGACCAAGGAAAAGGUAG